AUGGCCCCGGCUCCUUUCUCUUGCACGGUGCAUCCUUUCGAUUCCCGAACCUCUCACUCUAGCGCUUAUGAGAUCGGCCCAUCUGGAGCAUCAAACGCCCUUCUCUUCAUAGGAGGCCUCGCAGAUGGACCUCAUACUGUUGGCUACACCAAGGCCAUAGCCAAGCAUCUUGAGACAGCGGCACAAGACUGGUCUGUAUUUGAGAUUCGGAUGAGGAGCUCCUUUUCCGGCUACGGCUUUUCGAGCUUGAAGAACGAUGUUGAGGAUAUCUCGGCGCUGGUGAGGUAUCUCCGAGGUAUCGGAAAGAAAAAGAUUGUCCUUAUGGGCCACUCAACUGGAUGCCAGGACUGUAUGGAGUAUACCAAGCACAAGGAGGACCCUGUCGAUGGCUUCAUCAUGCAAGGUCCUGCAUCUGACCGGGAGUCUAUUGAAGACUUUGUCAAACCUGACUGGUUGAAGAAGAGCCUAGAGCACGCCGAGGGGCUGAUUUCCGCUGGAAAGGAGGCCGAAGCGAUGCCCAAAGAUCUAGUACCAAGCUUUUUCUCGACACCUAUGACGGCCUACCGUUGGCACUCUCUGGCGGCUAAGGGGGGCAACGAUGAUUACUUCUCCUCCGACCUCAAAGAGUCGUUCGUCUCCGAGGUCUGGAAUCGUUUCCAGCAGCCCGUCAUGGUGCUACACUCUGCAGAGGAUGAGUUCGUGCCAGCCAAAAUCGAUAAGCAAGCUUUGAUCGACCUGUGGAAGAAGACAAACUCCAAUGUCCACGAGCUGUCUGGCUUGAUUCCCGGAGCAAGCCACACUGUGAAGAACCCGGAAUCCCAGCAGUGGCUUGCAGAACGUGUGGCUCAGUUCAUCCAGCAACUCGGUCGGAAGCUUCCAAAGUGCCUUAUGGAGCGAGGUCGGCGAUACCCCUCCGAGACCCACUUCAUCGGGGUCACUGCGCCCGUGACGAUGCUCAAUGCAGGUCGCCGACCCCAAGUGGGUGGAUUAUGCUAUCACGGACACCGCGAAUACUUAAUCCCAGCAAAGGCAACCUGGCGCGGCUGCGGCCAACACAUCCCGUCGGCGCUGAGCAGCGUCCCCGAGGAACAGUGGUGCACCUGCACGCCCAAGGUCACCGUCAACGGGAAGGAGUAUCCCCCGGCAGGCACUGUGUCGAUUCCCGGUAUGUCUUGGUUGACCGGCUUGUUUGGGGGCAAUUUGAAUGACAAGUCGAAGCAGGGCACUAAGGGAGAGCUGUGA